AUGUCAAGAGUUGCUUUGCUCAGUUCUUAUUUUCUCUUUUAUUGCUCUGUUCCUUCGAAGCCUCUUCUUGGUUUUGCUCUUCUUGAUACAGAUUGGUCAGUUUGGAUGCAACUUUCUUCGUCAGUGGUUGCUGUAAGGAACUUUUUUUCUUUGUCAUAUUCUCUUACAUAUUUGCGGCUUGUAUUGUUUCAGUUUUUGUUUCUUCUUAAACUCCUGGAAAAGGAUAUGAGUUUGUCCGAGAAUUGUUCCACAGUUCUUAUUGAUAUCAUUCGUCGGCCGACUUCGCAGGAAGUAAACAAAUACUGGUCUCCAAAGUUGCCAGACCAGCGUAGCAUUGAGCUGAGAGAUGCUACUCCAAAGAAGAAGAAGCAAUGUAAUUGCAAAAACUCAAGAUGCUUGAAGUUUAUUACCUACUACAUGCAGCAGAAUUUGAGAAGUGGAGAAGCGUGUGUAGGUGCAAUGGGGUAAGAACUUCUGUAAUCGAGUUUUAUAAGAGUCCCAUAGGUCUUCUCUCAUGCUUCAUGUCCUUUAGUCUGAAGUGCUCAGUAUUGGCAUUAUGCUUGGAAUUGAUAGACAGAGAUUUAUUUCAAAAUUCUGCAACUCACCUACUCCAUUUUGUGUUCAGAGUAGUCUUUUAAGGUACAACUGGGGAAUCCUUAUAAUUUUCCCUUGGUACCCUGUAUUUCAUAUGCAUUAUUAUAAUUAGCCAAUUUAUUAUUAUAGUUACUCAUUAACUUUUUGUA